GGAGCUCUCGGCGGGGGCGCUCCGCCGCCAGCGAUACUGGCAGGGGGCGCCGCUGUGGCGUUGCCCCAACACGGAGCAGGGGGCGUCGGUGGCGGUAGUGGAGGCGGAAACCGUCACCAUCAUGGGGGCACCUCGGCGCUAGCCGGCCUGUGCAGGGGCGGUGACGCUGGCCACAGUGGCCACCACAAGUGCAGCGCCAUCUCGAUGGGGGCGGCUACAAAUUCGCUCAGCGGCUCAACGUUUCUCCUCGGCAGCUGUGCUUUCAGUGGUGUUAUUGUGUCGAAAGUUGAAUCGCUAUUGGAUUUGAGUGCGAAAGUUGUGGCAGCGCACAUUCCGUUCCAGCGGAUCGAGGAACGUUACAACCGGAUACCAGAGCCUGUGCAGCGUCGCAUUAUAUUCUGGUCGUUUCCGCGCAACGAGCGCGAUAUUUGCAUGUACUCGUCGCUGGUAUCAGCUGACACCGCCGACUACCAGAAACUGCCUUUCUAUCGUGGAUUAAAGUUGUACGAAAGUGGAUGCGUCGAAAGCGUUCUACAAGUCGGCUUUCAUCUAUCCGGCGUCGUGGCACCAAAGACUCCGGUACACGUCGGGGCAGGUGGCGUCGGCGUGAGUGGCUUCGACGUUGGAGCCGGAGUCGAACGGCGUUUCCGUAUAUCGAUCUCAUUCGACCGUUGCAAAAUUACCGCUGUGACGUGCACCUGCGACACGCACGACAUCUUCUGGUGCCAACAUGUUGUUGCGUUAGCAAUUUACCGUAUCCGGAACGCCGACACCGUCAAACUUCGAGUGCCAAUAUCCGAAACGCUUCUGCAAAUGUCCCGUGAGCAGCUUCAAAAAAUGCUGCAGUACCUGAUCGCUGAGCACCAUACAGCUGUUCUCCCCUCGGCCCAGCGAUUAGCAGACGAGCUGCGCCAGAAUCACAGUCUCAUUAACCGUAUUUCGGGCGCACCCGAUCCCACAGCCGGGGGCGCGGCGGAUGAUGACAAUGCGUGGCACCUGGACGAGAGCCAGGUGUCCGAACAAGUCCGCACCUAUCUCAGCCAGGGCGGGCAAUACAACACCUCAUCCCGACAGUUGGGUGCGCUGUUUGCCAAAGUGAAGGAGAUGCUCCGCGCGAGAGACGGCAACGGAGCCCGAAUGCUUCGUCUGAUAACGGAACAGUUCCUUGAUGAUCCCCGUUUGGUCAUUUGGAGGGCGCAGGGCACCCCUAUGGCGGACAAGUGCCGUCAGCUUUGGGAUCAACUUGGAGCUCUAUGGGUUUGUAUCGUGCUCAAUCCCCAUUGUACGGGGCACGAGAAAGCACAGUGGCGUGAGUACCUCAUCAAAUGGUCAAAUUCGCACGUCUGCCCACUGGAGGACGCCGACUUCCGGCCAUCACAUCACCACCACCAUCAUCAUCACCACCACCACCACCAUCAGCAUUACGGAGGAGCAGGAGCACAUCGACACAAUAAUAAUCACCAUCAUGGCGGAGUUGGCGGAGGAGCAAUUCAUCACGGGGGAGGCGGUGGCGCUGGAGCCCACAACAACCAUCAGGCGUUACAAGGCGCAGGUCUUGGCGGCAAUAAUAACAACAACAACAAUAACAACAACAACAACAACAACAACAACAACUAUAACAACCAUCACCAUUACCACCAAAACCAUCAGCAGAACUAUUAUGGAAAUCACCAUAAUCAUCACAACAACAACAACAACAACAACAACAACAACAACAACAACAACAACCUUCAUCCAAAUCAUCAUCAGAAUCGAAGGCAGGCUGCUCUUGUUAAUCCGGACGAUUCGUCGGAGGAAUCGUCGAAUUCUGAUGACGACGAUGAUGAUGUUGCCCCCCGAUUUAAUCCUGCUUAUCGGGAAAGAGAUCGUCGACGGAGCUCCGUCGAUCAUCGGCUGUAUCAGCCGCGAUCGAUAUUUCACCGGGCGCUUGAAUCGUGGUCGCUGUCAUGGGAUGACCCGCACCUUCGCUACAUCUUAUCACACGACGGCGUUGAUCUCGAUUUUUUGCAACAGAGUAAGUACUCACUUCCUGGCAGCUCAACAGCGCCACCUGUUCAUCUAUCGCCGUCGUACAAACUCGAGAAGUUCAACACACAAGGUUACCCCCUGUGGCAUGAGCAUAUACCGACAGCUUGUUCGCGAGUCGAGGCAUUACGCUCACACGGCUAUCAGCAGGAAUCGCUUCGAUUAGCUGUGGCCAUCGUGCGCACGUUGAAACGACAACAGCAUGAAUGGGAACGGUGGCAACAUGUGUCUGGUACGAGCACCAGUCGACCGCUGCUUAAAUCAACGUUACCCAACAACACCGAGGGCUGGGUAGGUCAUCCGCUCAAUCCCAUCGGCUCAUUGUUUGACACGUUAGCCGAAGCGUCACUUGUUCCCGAUAGCAAAUACGGUCUCGAAUACUUCUACGAGUCAUUAUACUCGAUUGGCACAUCGAGCGGACAGCAGUCGUCGGCUCAUCCUCCAGCGGUAAACAACGAACAACACCCGAACAAUGACAACAACAAUAAUAAUAAUAAUAAUAACAAUAACAACAAUAAUAACAAUAACAACAACAACAACAAUAAUAAUAUUAAUAAUAAUAAUAAUAAUAACAACAAUAAUAAUAAUAAUAAUAACAAUAACAACAACAAUAACAAUAAUAAUAACAAUAACAACAACAACAAUAAUAACAAUACGCAAGCGCCACCUCGCGAAAAGCCGCGUUAUCGUCAUGUUACAGUGCCUGGAAGUCUCGAUCAACAAGAGAGCUAUCUCAGUCUUGCUGUUGAAGCAGCACUUAUCGGAUUGAGUCAGCAGCGCUGCAUGCCCAUGGGCAUGUACGCGCAAGAGAAGGCGUGUAAGCAAGAAGACAGGCUGAUAGCUAAGCUGCAGGAUAUCGAAUGUGACCCCAUACUUAUCUCAGUGAUGAGGAGACAAGCAGCGCUUCUUUUAGGUUGCGGCCCAUUUUCGGCUUUGGGGCAGCACAUACAUCCGGAAAGCGUACCAAUGCAUACUUUUGCAAGGUAUCUAUUCAACGCGUUGCUCAUACACGACUCCAAUUUAGCGUACCUUGUAGGACUACGGGCCAUGCGUCUGCAUAUACUGGAGCACCAGCUGGAGUCCGAUGACCUAGGUAGCCACAGCCAGAAUAACAACAAUCCAAAUAACGGUAACAACGCCGGGCACGGGGGCAACGGUCAGGGUUUGGGAGGUCAAGGCGGUCAAGCAAAUGCACAGGCUCAACAGGGUGGAGGUCUCGGUCCCCCUCAACCGCCACAUAUGCAAAGCAGAUACCCGCGCUGGUCGACGCUUUCCCAUAUCGAGAUUCAGCAGUGUGCCCUCGCAUCCACAAUGCUAUCGGCUGCCAAAAAUGAUGUGAAUAGGUUACGAUCGGUUUUGAAAGCUGCCCAAAAGAACAUUCACAGCUCUGUGCAGCUGUUCAAGCUUGCGCAAGAUGCUUUUCGUAUCGCUGUACCACCCCCGCCUGAAGGACCCGCACCGCCUCCGCCAGCGACGCCGAUGGGGGCGACACCACCGCCUCCGCCCAGACAUCUGGCGCUGCUCAAUGUUGCGUUUGAGCUGGGUUUGCAGGUCAUGCGUGUCACCCUUCAGGUCAUUACCUGGCGGCGCCGCGAGAUGGUUCGCUGGUUAGUAACGUGCGCCAGCGAAAUCGGUCUCGAAGCUUUACUGUCGAUCUUGAGCAAAUGGAAUCAGUUGUUCACGCCGGUUGAAGCCACUGGAACUGUGGCCCAGACAGUUAUGAGCCACACGACGAUUAUGAGACUCGGCCUCGAUUACCAACAGCAGGAACAACUAUCGUCUCGUGCGCGCGCCCUAGCUCUCGAGUGCGCCUCAAAAGACCCACCGAAUUGCGCGCUAAACGCUCUGACGCUGUGCGAGAACGACCGCUACGCUUUCGAAUCGGCGUAUCAGAUUGUUGUGGACGCGGCUGCCACCGGCGUAAUGAUCAGCAGUCAGCUAUUUACUGUCGCUCGCUAUAUGGAGCAUCGAGGCUAUGCGAAUCGGGCCUACAAAUUGGCGCUUCUCGGUAUGAAAGGGGUGCAUCUACAAUACAAUCAAGAUGCUCAUCCGGCGAUCAGUGACAUCCAUUGGGCGUGCGCGUUAGCACAUUCACUUGGCCGAACCGAGCUUGCGAACCUGGUGCCACUGCUUGUCAAGAACGUUCAGUGUGCCACUGUACUGUCAGACAUUCUGCGUCGAUGUUCAAUGGCAGCACCAUCGCUGUCGCAUCUCGACGCCGCUAAACGCCGCUGCGUCAAGCCGUUAUCCCUCGAUCGUCCGCCCCUACGUCCGCUUCUCGAGGCGGCUAUAUCGGCGUACAUCAACACGACUCACUCGCGGCUGACUCACAUAUCACCACGGCACUAUGGCGAUUUCAUCGAGUUCCUGUCGAAGGCACGCGAAACAUUUCUUUUAGCCCAUGACGGACACCUACAGUUCAACCGGCUGAUCGAUAAUAUGAAAGUGGCCUAUAAAGGCAAAAAGAAGCUUAUGUUUCUUGUCAAAGAGAGAUUUGGGUAAAAAUAGACGAAACAGAAAAGAUACAAAAAAUUCUUAUACUAAGAAAAAUCACCAUAGGAAUGACAUAGAACCAGCCUUGGUAGACUAAUCCCUGCAGAUGCUUGGCAGAUGCUGCUACAGAAAAACAAAACGCCUAAUUAAUUGAAUGAAUGGAUGGUAAGUUCAUUUAUGGCGAUGAUAAUAACAACAACAGUGACGGAGAAGGAUAACAAACGACGAUCGACGGCCAAACUGAGCAUUGCCAAAGAAUGUACAUAUGUAUAUAUAUCUAUACGUACAUUAUAUAUAAAACAAAAUAGAAUGUGGCCGAAAAAGCCGACAACCAAGGUUAGGCCUUGUAGUCUGGCGGCGUCCUUUUAUGACGUUAUGGCCAAGUUUUCACCUAUGAGGAAGAUGAUGCUAAUAAUGGUAAUUAUCAUGGCGACGACGGUAAACGAAAUCCUGUACGAAAAAUUCAUUUACGAAACCCUAAUUAUUACAACUAUUAUUUAGUGUGUAUGGUACCAGUUAUGAUUCCAUGAUCUGAAUAGCCUGUCCCAAGAUGCGCCACUUACCUUUUACCGAUUGUUUGGUUAUAUCUUCUCCUUGAAGUGUGCCUAGGUUAGAGAAAGCGUCAGAGCAAGUGGGCGUGUACGGUAAACCUGUCGCUGUGAUCCCGACGCAAACCAAAAGCUCUAACGAUGUCUCAAUGUCCUUUUUGACGAACUUCGAACGAUGAGUUUUUAGGAUUUUCAAAGUACCGCGCAGUAUCGGAGCCACUGGUUACAUAAUUUCAUAUACGUAUUAGCCGCUGCUCUACUUUUGCUUUGCAUAGUGUUUGUAUAAGGGUCCAGAUCUGCGUGCGAACCCAGCUCCGUCUGAUUUGCUUGACCAUGGUUGUUUUUGGUCACAGACAGAAAAAAUCGAGAGCAAAAAGAGACAGAUACCCUGCACUGAAAUGACGCUCCUGCAUGCAAACAUGUCCUAGUCGAAGUAUAUAAAUGACCAUGUACUAUUAGUUGUCAACCAGCGAAGCGAUAAGCUUCUUCGGGAAAAGAAAGGGUCGUUUUGGCGUUGCCGCCUGGGGCUGUACGGGUCCCUCGACGUCAUGAUCAUGAUGGUGCGGAUCAUGGCAAUGGCUCUCAACUGUUUGCGAACUACUAUUGCUACUACUGCUACCCAAUGAAUGAAAGCAUUACGUUGUUUAUAAUAAUAAUAGUAAUAACAAUAACAAAUUGAGCAUUACGUACGAUUGAUGAUCUCUACCGCAUCUGUGAUAGCAGCCAUGCCUACUACUCCCGAGUCUCCAGGACAUCCAAACGCCUUCGUAUGCGAAUAUGACCGAGCGGAUUGACGCUGGUCAUACCAAGUUUGUCUGUAUAUCAACACCAACUGAUAUUGAACUAUACGAUAACAACAAUAUGAUGAUGUGCAUGAAACUAUUGUAUACUAACAGUUAUUACGGUAAUAAGAACAAGAUGCUGCCUGGUAGUACGCAUUAUUCGUAGACAACCAGUGGUUCCUUGCACCGGCGGUACCCAUUUUAUAGUAGGUGUCAGCCACGAUAAUACAAUAUACCAAUAAAAACUAUUACAUGAAGAAACGACAGCUUGGUCAUGCAGCACCAGUAAAGACAACCGAUUAUAACAGGACAACAAUGUAUAUUUGAUUGAUUGGUUUGUAGGCGAUGUCCGUCCCUGGCUAUUGCUUGCCUUUAAAAUUGACCGUUGGGAAGUUUGUUUUUUUUUUUUACUUUGCAGGGCUGUCGUCCUCGUUUUAUUCAUAUCAUCUAACCCCCUGGGUUGGAACCUUAAGGAUGGGCAUGUUCGGUGGCCAAAAACAGCAUUUUUGUCUCACAGGGGUCGAACAAGUACUGAAAUAUGAUGAGUACUGGCGCGCAUGGCGACGCUUCGAGAGCUGAGAGUUCUGUUCAGAAGUGACCUAUUGUAAAAUUCCAAAAAGGACAACACACAGCUUUCGAAUUAGUUGAGGAUCACUUUGAGCCAUCUCUGAAGAGUAAUUAACUUCUACGGUUUUUACGAGCGAACCUUUUGUCACAGCUGAGCAAAUAUCAGGGAUCGUUUUCGGAGCUUUUUGGUACAAGAAAAAAAAGUCGAAUAUUAUUUUCUACCCCGUAGACAUAUUUGUAAUCCGGACUCAGGGUGAAAUUGUGUGACCUGGUAAAAACGAUAACAACGAAUCUAAAAAAAUGAUGACCUUAUCAAAAAUAGCCUUUCAAAGGAAUACGAUACUCGACUAGUAGGAGAUGAAAAACGUUUCAAAGGGCCGCAAAAAGAGAAACGGACGUUACCACUUAUGUACCAACCUAAUAACCUAUCCUUUUUUGAAGGAUGCAGCAGAGUAAGCUAUGUACGACUAUGUGUAUGUAAAAAGGAAAAAACUAGGUAGAAAAUGAUGGAAGAUUGAAAUACUUCUAUGAUUACAAUGAUGAGAAGUAGAACAACAGCAGUAAAAAUAAUAAAAACAAAGCUAAAAAGUUCGAUGCGGCGUGGUCAACACUUCCCUGGCCGGCCGUAUGCGGACAACAACUGUGUUCCAAUGAUGCAAUAUAUUGAAAGCGAAGCAAUUUUCACGCCAUUAACACACUGAACUCCGGUCGAGGAAGUCGGCUAAAUGGUUAUUUCCGAACGGUUACUUAUAGCUAUACAAUGAAACGAUAGCAAAUAGCUAAGGUUUCGGGGACAGUCGAAUUUUUCGGUCAGAGAUGCGUGUGCAGGCACAGUGCAAGGGGAGGCAUUUGUCAAAAAAACUAAGUGUCAAAAAUUGUUUUAGAUUUUUAAACGAACCGUUAACGAUAACAAACCACGAGUGGCAGUCCUCGACAUUUGUCUGUCUGAUCGGGACAAUUUAGCUCAUAUACAAUAUGAUGAUCUGAUGCAUGGUCAGAGAGCGGAAUGAAGAUAUAGAAACAAGAAAAUGCAAGGGAAAAAAGGAUAGAACUAGCAUCGUAGAUAACUAUUUGCUGAAGUGACAAACACUACGGGAAAGAUGAUAACCCCCCUAACAAUCUACUCCUCGCCCUCAGCCCCCUUCCGUCUUCCUCUCUCCCCCCUCUCUCUCUUAGCCCGUUUUGAGGCGGAUGGGAAAUGAAGGGGGUUGACAAUGACUGUCGAAUACUGUGAAAUAGACAAGCAUAGUAAGAGUUAUUAAUUAUAGUGUAACAACAUUAAAAAAAGAGAGAAAUAAUGAUAAUAAUAAUCUAGAGCAAGGGCAAGCGAUGAUCAUGGUAGGAAAAAUGAUAUUGAUUUAAACGAUGAUUGACGAAACGGCAAAGGUGGACACGUAAGAGCAUGGCAGACAGUCAGACUGGACGGAUGAAUUGGCGACCAAGCAAACAAUGUGUAGCGGAAGCGAAACACAAAUAUUUGGUAGGCAGAAACACAUAUAUCCAGACAGACGGACGGACACUCAACAGACAAGCAAGCUAAAGCAUAGUAUGUUCGUAUUUAUUUUUGUGCACAUAUAAAUACAAAUGAGUGCGAAUGUUGGCACCUCGCGAAAUGGGGGAAUCGAAAUAGGGACUAAGAGGUACAAGUAUACAACAAAAGGAUCGGUCGAACCCAAACAAGAACAGAUCAGAUAAGCGAAUGCGGUUCAUGAUAACGUGACAAUGGAGAACGGCAGGACAAUACAUGAUGUUAAGGGGCAAAAGGCAGGUUUCUUUCGGAGGCAGUUGAGUAUUGAAGAAGUGAAAACUUAACGCGAGUCGAAAACAAAAAAAAAAAUUGAAUCAUAGACGAGAUCGAAUGAUAACUGUUAGCCAGAUUACUUUGACUAAUGUGUAUUAGCGUGACCUGGGUAAUUCGGAAUUUAGUAAACGACUGCUGCGCUAACGUAUGAUUACAAAUAGUAUGAUUUUCUGUGUAUACCUCUUGAGCCUUCCGACAAUGCGAGAAAAAUAUAAAAAAUAAGAGAUAAGAGAGCGAACGACUCUGCGAGGACUAGGUAAAGGUAAUGAGGCGCAAAAUUUAGGAAGCGACACAUUUUUGAAAUGGAGUCGUAAUGAAACAAACAAAAAAAA